AAUCAACAUUGAGUAGAAAUGUCACUGGGCUUGAUGAAUACACAGAAUAUGAAUUUCAAGUCCUGGCGUAUACUUCUGAUGGUAAUGGACCAAAGAGCCCUGUUGAGGUGGAGAGAACAAAUGAAGCUGCUCCAUCACAAGCCCCAAGCAGCUUCAGUGUGAGUGCAGUUACAUCUACAAUUAUCACAGCAUCCUGGCAGUUACCACCAGUAGGUUCCAGAAAUGGAAUAAUUAAAGGAUUCAGACUGUUUUACAAAAAGAGAGGCACUAAGGGAUCAACGACCAUCUUGCCUAUAAAGAAUGGAACAGCAUUAAGUACAGAUGUCAGUGGGCUUGACAUUUACACAGAAUAUGAAUUUGAAGUGUUGGCCUUCACUUCAGCUGGUGAUGGACCAAAGAGUUCUCCUGUAGUGGUCGUGAGAUCCAGGAAAGAUGGUUGUGUUGAGUUCAAUCUUGGAAUGGAGGAUGGAAGAAUUCCAGACAGUCGAAUAAGUGCCUCUCCUUUCAGCACACCAGCCAAAAAUGGUUGACGGAACUACAUAUCAGGAUCAUCAUGGUGUGCAGGAACAAGUGCCACUAACCCAUAUCUACAGAUUGAUCUACAGACACCUCACUUCAUCUGUGCUGUGUCUACUCAAGGGAAUUCUAAAGGAGAUCAGUGGGUGAAGACUUACAGACUACAGUUAUCCACAGAUGGGACAAAUUGGGCAGACUACAUGGAAGGUGGACAAGUCAAGGUUUUGAGAGGUAAUGAUGAUAGGAACUCAGAAGUGAAGCAUGUUGUUUAUGGAGUGUUAACAAGAUAUGUGCGAUUCAUGCCAAAAACUCACCAGGGUGGGGUGUGUAUGAGAACAGAGGUAUUUGGAGUGAAACAAAAGCCAACUUGUGAUAUGAAUGCUAUAGGUUUGGAAGAUGUUGGUAAAAUUCCAGAUAGCAGCUUCACAGCCUCGUCACAUUUUAGUGUGGUAUAUGCAGCAAAAAAUGGCAGACUGAAUAACAGUAGAGCAUGGGGGUCGAAGGAUAACGUUGAUGUUGAUGACUACCUACAAAUUGAUCUGUUGUAUGAGUAUAUUAUCUGUGCCAUAGCCACUCAAGGAAAUCCAAAAAGUAAUUCAGAUGCACAAGACUGGACCACAUAUUACAAGAUUGGUUUAUCACUAAAUGAUACCACUUUUUACACCUACAAAGAAAACAAUAAUGUGAAGGUUUUUCCUGGAAACACAGACAAAGACAGCAUCGUAAAAAACAGUCUAAAUGAAUCCUCAAGUGCAAGAUACAUCCGCCUCGUGCCAACACAACAACAUCGCCAUAAAAUUUUGAGAGUGGAGGUAUAUGGAAUACUUCUAAGUAAAGUGCCUUCACAACCCCCUACUGCCUUCAAGUUGACUGCAAUUUCUUCUACCAGCAUUACAGCUUCCUGGCAGUUACCACCAGUCUUUGCCUGGCAUGGAAGAACCAUCACAGGGUUUAAAUUGUUCUACAAAAAGGUUUAUGGUAGGUCAGCAGCAACCUUGACUAUAAUAAGCAGUGGAUCAAUACUAAGUAGAAAUGUCACUGGGCUUGAUAAGUACACAGAAUAUGAAUUUCAAGUCCUGGCAUAUUCAUCUGAUGGUGAUGGACCAAAGAGCCUUGUUGAGGUGGAGACAACAAAGGGAGAUGGAGAGUGUGUUGAGUUUGAUCUAGGAAUGGAGAGUGGAAAAAUUCCAGACAGUAGAAUAAGUGCUUCUUCUUCCAACACACCAGCCAAGAGUGGUCGACUAAACUACGCAUUGGGAGCAUCAUGGUGUGCAGAAACAAAUGACACUAACCCAUAUCUACAGAUUGAUCUACAGACACUUCAUAUCAUCUGUGCUGUGUCCACUCAAGGGAAUUCUCGGGCAGAUCAGUGGGUGAAGACCUACAAACUACAAUUAUCCACAGAUGGGACAGCUUGGACGGAGUAUAGGGAAGGCGGACAGGUCAAGGUUUUAGUGGGGAAUGAGGAUGGAAACUCGACUGUCAAACAUGUUCUAUAUGGAACGUUAACAAGAUAUCUUCGAUUCCUGCCACAAACACACCAGGGUGGCGUCUGUAUGAGAACAGAGGUGUUUGGGGUGAAUCAGAAGACAAUUUGCGAUUUACAGGCUAUUGGUUUGGCCAGCGGUGCUAGGAUUUCAGACGACAGCUUGUCAGCCAGUUCAAUAUUUAGUGGCAGAUAUGCAGCUAAAUAUGGCCGUCUUAAUGGAAUAAGGGUAUGGGAACCUAAGACUACAACUGAUCCUGAUGACUACCUACAAGUUGACCUACUCUAUGAGUAUGUUAUCUGUGCUGUAGCUACUCAAGGAAAUCCGCCAUCCCAAUCGUCAGCUCUAGAAUGGACCACAGAGUACAAACUAAGAUUUUCACUCAAUGGUACCACAUUUCUUCCUUAUAAAGAAAACAACAUUGACAAGAUCUUUCGCGGAAAUUCAGGAAAAACUGACACAGUGAAAAACAGUCUGGAGGAAAUUUGCAAGCGCAAGGUUUAUCCGCUUUCAGCCGACGGCAUAUCAUAAAUACAAGGCUCUGAGAGUGGAAGUUUAUGGAAUACCUCUGACUAAAGUUCCAUCGAAACCUCCCACUGCUUUCAAGUUGACUGCAAGCUCUUCUACCAGCAUUACAGCAUCCUGGCAGC